AUGCAGCAUGUGCUCCGUACUCGCGGAAACUCGGCACAAGAUAAAAAUAAAAAGCAUGUUCCUAAUGUACCGCCAAUUAUCUACGACGACAUGCAAGUUCCAUACGAAAAAGGAGCAUUUCUAGGAGAAGGAGGGUUUGCGCAUUGUUUCGAGUUUCGAAAGCUGGACUGUAAUGAUAGGCUGGCUGUCAAAGUCGUUCCUAAAGUCAUUCUGCUCAAGUCAACCGCGAGAGAAAAAUUGACUCGAGAAGUUGAAAUUCAUCGACAGCUCUCCCAUCGGAACAUCGUCCAGUUCCAUCAUUUCUUUGAGGAUUCGCAGAAUGUCUAUUUCACUCUGGAAUUGUGCUCCAAAAAUUCUUUGAUGGAACUGAACAAACAACGAGGUCCUCUAACUGAACACGAAGCUCGCUUUUACACAAUCCAAGUUGCCGAAGGGGUAAAACAUCUGCACAAUCUGCAAAUUAUCCAUCGUGAUUUGAAACUGGGAAAUUUAUUUCUCAAUGAACAUUUACAAGUGAAAAUAGGUGAUUUUGGAUUAGCCACUUUUUGCGAAAAGAAUGAAAAAAAGAUGACACGAGGUGGAACUCCCAACUACAUUGCUCCCGAAGUCCUAAACGAAACUGGUCACGCAUUUGAGGUGGAUAUUUGGGCGAUAGGAUGUAUACUCUACGUUCUUCUCUUCGGGUCUCCACCCUUCGAAUCCAGAAGAGUGCAGGAAACCUAUGUUCGUAUCAAGAACAACGAUUACGUUGUUCCGGAAAAUGCAAGUCCUACUGCAAAUCGGCUUAUCCGUUCUCUUCUCGAUCCCGUUCCCGAUCGUCGCCCUACCGCUGAAGCAGUACUUCUUGAUCAGUUUUUCAAGACUACGAUUGAGCCAACAUAUCCUCCCGUUCAUCAACAACUACACAAAGAACAAGAUGUUAAGUAUUUUGCGCCGAUUAAUCCAGUUCUGCCACAUGUGGAAGAGCCUAUUUCUCCGAUAUAUCAAGAAGUAGCAAAUGAGGAAACAUCCGAGAUUCGUCGUUUUGUGAAAACAGAACAAGCAAGUUCAUUUGGUGAUGAAUUGUCUCAGUUACAAGCACAAAUUAGUCAUAUUUUGCAAAACGUUGUUGCGAGUAAAAAUAAGAGUUCUACUCGAUUCGGUUUAAAUCAUUCGCCGGAGGCUACACCGAUUUUUUGGGUUUCCCAAUGGGUCCACUUUCCCAAUCACGGAAUUGGGUAUCGCCUGUGCGAAAAUUCGUCUGGCAUGCUCUUCAAUGAUAACACACAAAUGAAAGUGAAUUCAGCCGGAAAUCAACUAACUUUCGUUGACGAGAAUAAUACCGAACAAUUUUACACCAUGAACGAUCAAGUACCGAUGAACUUGCAGACGAAGAUUAAUAUAUUUUCAAAUGUACAAUCUUACAUGAACACCCAUUUGGAAGCUGACACCCAUUUGGAAGCUGAGGAUCAAUGUGUCAAUAAAGUGCCACCAUUACGCAACUUUGCUCGACUUCCAACAAUACAAAAUUGGUUUGAAACAAAGUCGGCCGUUAUAUUCCAUCUUUCAAACGGGACAGUUCAGAUUAACUUUCUUGAUCAUGUCAAGAUGGUGCUGUGUCCGCUGUUGAAGUCUGUCACAUUCAUUGAGGAAAACAAACGUGUUUCAACUUUCACGUUCGCAAACAUAUUGACAAACAGCUGCCCAAAGAAGUAUCUCAGUCGUAUCGAAUAUGCCCAAGCCAAAAUUAAAUUGCUUCGUCCUACAAACAACCAGGAGCAUGUCGUCUAUGUGGACUCUCCAUGCCGUCCUACGACUUCGAACACAGCUCACGGUGCUCCACUUGCUUCCUCCAGAUAUCUCGCAUAAAUGCUACACAACUAAUCUGUGAAUAAUUCGAUCUUUACCAUGAUUCUGUCAAAUUAUCAAACUAGGUACAUAACGUAAUUACACAUAACAUUCAUUCAUGUUAAUCUAAUAAUUUUCCCUUAUCCAGCAAUUCAAAUGUUUAUUGUAUCCUUAAUUAAAACACGAUUAAUAGUAUGGUGAGAAAAUGAAAUAUUAUUGCAUAU